ACUGUUAUUUUCGUAUUUCAUUUUAUUUUUUUAGGUUCAGUUUCGCCUUAACUUAGCCAACUACACAAAAUAAAGCACAAUUUUUUUGUUGGCGGCACCUGUUCGGCAAGAUAAAGUUAAAUGCGUGACAACAUAUUUUCGUAAACGUUACCCAACAACACUUUCAUUGUCACUUUUAUCACCAAUUGAUUCACAGCCACGGUUUUUCUAAAUAUCACGGCAUCUCCAUUGCGUAGUUUGAAGUAAUACGUAAACGCAGCGCUCUCGAAACCGAAAGUUGGAAAAUAUCUGCAAAGUAUUUUCCCAUCAAAUUUUAAGCUUUCCGUCAAAGAUAAUUUAUGCAUGUGCUCUUUAUGAAUAGCCAAAACAAGAGAGAUCUGAAACAAUGAAUCUCAAAAUAUUUUGUGCAAAUAAUCAACAUGUUACUUCGAUAAACGGUGAAUUGAAAUUUGUGUACUUCUCACAAACAAAAAAAAACAUUUCAGACGCUUGAAUCGACAUUGCCUUUAUUCACACCGCGUCAUUAUCAGCAUAAUUUUAUGAUUAAAUUUGUCCAGAAAUAUCAUUGCCGUCUGUCUGCGUUUUUCACUUAUUAGAGCGCUUGAUCGUUACUCCUGUAUUUAACAAAGCAAAUUCGUUUUAAUACCUAAUUAAAUAGACUAGCCAUUUGCGUUUUGUAUUACGUCUAUUACGCGCUUAUCGAAAAAAAAGCAAAUAACAAGAAUAAAUUUGAUACAAACCCCUUCUACGAAUCUCCGCUUGCGAUGUAGAGGGCCCUUUUCGAGUGGGCCUUUUUUUAGGGCCGUGUAAAUACGAUAAAACUAUAAUGUCGCUUCUGCCAUAAAUUUUUUAACUUUUCGUCGAUUCAGCUGUAAGAUAGAAAAGAGGGUUGACUCAUUUUCAAAUCUUGAAGAUGAAAGAAAGUUUUUUCGGAUAUAAUACCGCGAUAAAGUAAAACCAAUGAAAAGCACAUCGUGAAAUAUCACGUGAAAAAUCCUGCCAUUUAUGUGCCGGUAUGCUGCGUGCGCAUCGUUAGGGGCCCUCAUGACGUCACGUCCUCUCUCCUGUCAUUCAAACACGUGCUGACUAUAGAUGGCUGCUAGUGUGUGAAAAGCAUUCACCGUCGGCAAGCUGAAAAGGCGGUAAUUUUCUACAACGUCAAACUUCGUCAGGCAAGCCUCAGCAACACGUGGAAGUUUACAAACAAUUUCAGAGGCUUUGGAAUUUUUCUCCAAGGCGGCAUGGUGUCAUAGAAAGUGUUUUGGCGCUGUUGAAUGGCGCAAACUGUCCGGGUCCAUGCAAGCAACCGUGGAACAAGCGAUAGUCGCCUACAACAUCCCAAUAAGGUGCCUACAUCGAACACGGAACACGCUAAUCAUCAUUUUAAAUUUCCCUCAACGGGCGGAGAUUUCUUCCCCGAAACGAGAUACCGCGAGAAUGGUUCUACUAGCGCACUAGUCUCGCAAAAUCAAGAUAUUUUGGAAGAGUUACACGAAUAUAUUCAGGGUGCUGAAGAUCCGACUGACAACAAUAAUAAGGCAAAUUCCUUGCCCAACAAAAUGGCGACGUCCAACUCAAGUGGAACGAACCAACCAACGGCGAACGCUAAUGGAUUUCAAAUGUCCAUGAAUUCAUCUUCGGGACUACCAAACAAGAGCGGACCGCUAGGUUUGGGAAUGCCCGCCUCCGUUCAACUAAACAAUCAACUUUCGUCAAUUCUCGACCCAGGAAGUACCUCGGCAAGCCCGGUCGUGCCGUCUAGAAAUCUUAGUGAAUCGAAUCCUAAUCCCGCAAAUAUGAAACUUCUGGCAUCAAAUCAACCAAGUUUAUCACCACAAACCCGGUACAAUGAAUUCAACUCGAGACAGGAAAUGCUACUGCGAGGCUAUCAAGAAGUUCCCAUCGCACCUAGAGCGCCGAACUCAACCGAACAAUAUGGCUCCCAACAAAGGUUCAUGUCUGCGCAGAGUGAAAAUCAACUCAAACGAGGGUUAAAUUCCCAACCAACAAGCGCUUUUCAUCCAAAUUAUUACACUCAGAAAUCGAGUGCGCCUCAAGCUGGGCAAAGAGCGCCCAACUCGCAACCAGAUGAGAGAAACAUGAUCACAAAUCAGCAUUUUCAGUGGCAGAAUAGACUGCAGACGACGAACCAUUGUUCGUCGAAUUUACCAACAAAUACUUCACCCGGCCCGCCGAUGAGUCGUGCACAAUUGCAGCAACAGGGACUUCCUCAGCAACAGUCUCCUUACAUGAUGAUGGGUGGUUCGCAACAACAACAACCACAACAACAUCAACCACAGUCCCAACAAGCUGGCCCCCAGCAGUCAUAUGCAUCAUACGUGAUGCAGCAACAGCAGCAACAAGGAAUGAAGGCAGGAGCUUUGCCACAGUCUCAGCAAUACUAUGGCAACAUGCCCAUGGGUAGGCAGGUUGUUGGCCAAGCAAAUCUCUCAGGACACCCACAACGUAUGGCAAAUCAAAUGCAGACACCUCCACAAGACUUUUCAAACUUUCAGCAACAGCAAAUGCAACAUAGAUUUCCCCAACCUCAGUUUCAACAGCAAAUGUCUUACAUGGCUCAACAGCAACAAAGACAACUGCAGCAACCAUCUUAUCCACAACCUCCAACUGGAAUGCCACGGAUGCCGUCCUCCCAUCCACAACCAAUCCUCCCCAAACCAGCCUCAGGCGACUUGUUUGGCAGCUCUACGGGUAUGAGAUACCCCAGCAGUAAUGUAGGAGACAAUCUUCCCGGUCCAGAUUUUCCCUCCAGCAGAAUAGCUGAUCAACAGCAGCAUGGAAUUCCAUCAGCAUCUCAAUCAUAUGGCAACACAUCAAUGGGUCGUAUGGGUUCUUCUUCAGAGAUGUUGGCUAAAUAUGGAAGCAGUCAAGGGGCAUACCAGCGCAGUAAUCCUCCAGCUUUUCCAGUGUCUCUUCACUCCCGGCACACACCUUCUCCCAACAUCACUUUGGGCUCACCCAUGAGAGGUGUAGCUGAUGGAACUUCUCCUUCAGGUGGUAUGCCCAAUUUUGGUACAGACAGCCCGACAUCCACAGGAAGUAUGCCCACUUAUCCUCCUGGCAAAAUGCCUCCUCCUUUUGGAAUGGCAGGAACCCCAAUGUCAGCUGCGGGAGUAUCUGGCAACAGCCUACCUCCAGCUAGUGUGGGAAGCUCUACAGCUGGAUCAGCUGUGGGUGGAACAGCUGCUGCAGCUGCUGCUGCCGCUGUUCUUGAAGCUGCUAACUCUGGACCAAGAUAUCCCGGAGCAGCACAGGGUCCUGGUCCUCCCUAUGUCAGUCCUCAGGAGAUGAUGUUGAGCAGUAAAGGAUCAGAGAACAUGCCUGCUUCAGCAAUGUCCCCUAUGCAGUUAGGGUCUAUGAUGGGUGCAAACGUUCAAACAGGCCGUGUACCAUCUCCAACACUUAAUGAACUUCCAACGGCAGAGGAUGUAGAAGCCAUGAUUGAAUCGAUGAGGGCAGAAGAAGCUGGACUUCCUACUGAAAAUGACAACCAACAGCAGCCACCCUCUCAAGGUUCUGCUCCUCCAUCUGUUGCAUCGCUACCUACACCUGUGGCAUCAUCUCCAUCACAGCCACAAGGAACCCCUGUAAAUGGCCCAAAUAGUAACACAGAUUCGCGUGAACUUACAAGUUCCACUUUGGACUUGACCCCUGCUGUGGAAAAAGGGGAUUCCCCUCCGUCUGCCCCAUCCUCACCUCUAUCAAAUUUUUCUGGCCUUUCUCCUGGAGUGUCUCCUUCAGGAGUUUCCAUUACAUCAUCAUUUGGUAAUGCUGAGAUUGACUUGGAUGAAAUCAACCCUUCACUUCCAAACAAUUCCAUCUCAAUGUCAUCAUACCAGUUUCCAUCAUCCAGACAGAACCAACAGCAAUAUGAAAAGUUAUCCAAGUUGUAUGAACUCUCUGAUGAACCAGAGAGGAAAGAGUUUCUCAAUAAGUAUCAAGCUUUCAUGAACAGUCAAGGUACACAAAUCACCCAAGUUCCGCUCGUGAUGAGGCAGCCGCUGGAUCUCUUUAAAUUCUACACUGUUGUCCAGGAAAGAGGUGGUUUACAGGAAGUGGUCAAGAGAAAACUCUGGCAGGAAGUUUUAGAGGCUAUGAAUCUUCCAACAGACAACCCGAAUGUUGUGAACCAUCUUCGUAGUCAGUACUCCAGAUAUCUGUUGUCUUACGAGAUGAAAUUCAGUAAAGGUAACUCCAUUGACGACAUUAAAAUCAAUCUUCUGGAAGGUUCAGGUAUUCCGCCACCCAACGCAACAGUCACUUGCUCAGAGGCAAUUAUACCAACCAACAGUUUAACGCAGACCUCGAGAGCAGCAGACACCACGCCAGUUCACGGAUCCUACAGCUCAAUGACAAAUGACUCUGUUUCUAAUUUACCUCCAAGCUAUAACGUGAAGGACGGAUACCCUGAGCCCAGUUAUGAUAGCGGCAAAAUGUAUUCAGAAUUUAGAGAAAGUUCUGGCAGUUUUCCAAUUAACCCUCCCACGCCUUCCAGUCCAUUUGGAAUGCCCCAAUACUCCUACGGUGGAGAGAGAAGGAGCAGUAUUUCAAGUCACCCUCAAAGUGGAGGGCUUCCCCCUUACAUAAUGUCGCAGCGUAACAUGUAUCAGGGCCCUUCGUCCCUGUCGCAGUUCUAUCAGCAGUCCAACUCACAAGCAAGCCACCCAGCGACGAACUACCAGCAUGCACAGUACCAGCAGCGGUCAAGCCCGUCAUUGAUGGGAUCUCUGGCAUCACCUCAUUCCAUGAUGCCCAAUGCGAGCCCUCAAGAUAAGAUGCAUUCAUUGUGGGGUUCUCAGUACAGCCCAUCAGCAGAACCUGAACACAUUGUAGACUACCCCCCUGGGGCGCACAACAGACUUCCGCGUUCCUCUAGCGGGCCUCAAUCCCAGUACUCCCCUGCACCACCGUAUGGCUCUUACGCAGGCCGCCAAAACCAGUAUUCAGCAACGCCACCAUAUCGCCCUAGUCCUUCGCCAUCUCCUUCGUCGAGACAGCCUAUGGCACAGGCGCCGCCGCUCCAGGCUUUGCCAAAAAUGAAGUAUCCUGUGCAACAAACGGCACAUCCACCGUCGCAACAGCAGCAACACCAACAACAACAAACUCACACGUCAUCUGUGAAGAGAGAGAUGCCUUUUCCAAAUGACUGUGUCGAGGCCACAAGGCCUGUAUUUACGAAGAAGCGCAAACUCACUUCCAGAGAUUUGGGCCCCGUUGAAGCAUGGAGGGUAAUGAUGUCUUUGAAAUCCGGCUUGUUAUCAGAGGCAACCUGGGCACUAGAUACCCUUAACAUUCUGCUCUAUGACGACAACACGGUGCUGUAUUUCAUGUUAUCCCAACUGCCGGGUCUCUUGGAUAACCUUAUCGAUCACUUCCGACGUUAUUUGAUUGACAUUUUUGAUACAUUUGUCGAGAGUGAGAUCAGCGUUGGUUCGGUGGUUUUACAAAUUGCGCGAAAGGAGGAAGACGAAGAAAAGAUUGAAAAGUUAAACAGAGCCGCCAAAAAUAGUUUUACCGCUCUCUUGAUAGCAUCCACGUUUGAUAUUCCGAAAGAUGGAUUUCAAAGCGGAUCCGGCGACUGGCUCAUGGGAGGCGGAGACACCACUCGUCAUAUUCAAACACACCUCGACUUCAAAACGAGACCAGAAUACUCGACCAAGGUAAUUCAUUGCAGAGGAGAAACUGAUUGCAGCGAAGAUGUAAUUCUUUCCGAAACUGAGGAGAAUUGUGAAGGGGAAGUAAAAGCUGAGAACGAGAAAACAAGUCGGACUGAAAAUGACGAUGAGAAUUCAUCAGUUGAGUGUAAAGAUGACAAUUGUUGUGCAAACGAAAUCAAAUGCGGUGGGAAUUUUAGUAAACUGAAAACCAAUCUAUCCUCUCCUGUGGUAGAGGAGGGCGAAUCAAAAGCUGACUUUGUUGUUAAAAAGGAGAAAGAACCAUCACAGGAGAAAUUAAAAACUCGAGAAAAUGAUAAGUGCAACAGAGUGAGCGAAGUAGAACAGUUUACCGCGCGGUUAAAAAAGGAACUGGACUUAGACCUAGAUUCUGACGAGGAGGAUACAGAAUCGGACGCUUAUAUUCAAUCAGUUGUUAGUAAAAUAAACGUGAAACAGGAUGCAGUUGUUGAAGAGCAGUCGUGCGGCAAGGAAGAUGCACCUUUGUGCUUAAGAACUGAGAGCCAGGACGCCGUGUCGCGGCGCUGCCUUUGUGUGUCUAACAUUCUCCGUGGACUUUCCUUUGUUCCGGGAAACGACGCUGAAAUGUCGCGCCACGCAGGAUUGUUACUAAUCGUUGGCCGGCUGUUACUUCUUCAUCAUAAACACUCCAAACGGGUUCCCUACCGGCAUUCCUAUCUUCAGGAUGAGAUCGAGGUGGAGUGUCCAAGCGACGAUCGUCACGACUGGUGGUGGUACUGCUUGGAAGGUCUGCGUGAGAACGCUUUGGUGAUAACGGCCAAUGUAGCCGGCCAGUUGGACUUGUCUCUGUAUCCCGAGGCCAUCAGUCUUCCUCUGUUGGAUGGGCUGCUCCACUGGUUCGUCUGUCCGUCGGCUGCUGCUCAGGAUCCAAUGCCUACAGCCACUCCAGGUACUUCCCUGUCCCCCAGACAGCUGGUUCUAGAGGCGUUGGCAAAGAUGAGCAUCCUGGAGUCUAACGUCGACAUAAUUCUUUCCACUCCGCCGUUGACGCGGGUGGACGAAUUGUACACCAUGUUGGUUCGACUUGUUGGCGAGAGAGACAAUCCAGUGACUCGUGAACUUGCGCUAGUCUUGCUGUCCAACCUGGCACAAGGAGAGAAUUCCUUCGUUGGUUUCGGCGACAGCAAGGCGUGCAUUUCAAUGUUGUUGGAAUUUAUCGAAGAUGCAGCGUCCAGCAUGAGCGCAUAUUCGUCAGGUAGUGCCCUGGCACAGGCCGGCUUUCAUUCGGAGAGCUUUUGCGGUACGAGUGUGGACAUGUUACGCCGGGCUGCUUCGACGCUAGUGUGCUUGGCACGCAUACGCUCAAACCGUGCUCUCUUCUUACCGUUUCAACAGCGGAUCUUAAGGCUCUCUGUUUUGCGGGUUCUGGACAGUACAAUCACCAAUCAUUUGGCGGAGAUACUCUUCUAUUUGUCCAGGUGAAAUGCGGCGCAUGCGUCCUCCGUCCGUGGCGUUGUUGGCCUGGAUUCCGCUUUUGUUUUGUUUUUGAUUUUUGUAAUGGUGAAGCAAUAAGAAACAAUUCUUGUUCUCCAAGAACAUGUGAGAAGUUUUCGGUUGUCAUUUGUAUAUGUAGUUGUGGCCAAGCCAGUGUAAAAUGACUCGAAAGUUGUCUCGUCGUGGCGAUAAUUUGCUCUAUAUUAAAAUCAUGGUUUUAUUUUUUUCUUUUGUUGCAUUAAUAUUUGUUCCUUACUUAAGCAUUUCUCACUCGAAAGAAAGCGGGAUAAUCAAAUUUUCACUGAAUUAUCCGUUUUCCAUGUUUUGUUUGUUUAUGUUUGGUUAAAAAUCAUGUUUCGUACUUCAUGUAAUAAGGACAACUUUCGUCUUGUGCCAUCAGUAUUGUUGGUAGUACAGGGGUGCAAUACCGACAUCUAUCUCCAGAUAUUAACCAGCUGUAUAACCAUUGUAUGAUAUGUAAAGUUGAGUCCGUCUACAAUAUAUUAAGUAUUUCUGAAAAAAGAGUUUUUUGUAGAUUUGACAAACAAGCAAGGAAGCUAAAUUUUACAUUUUUGCUAUCCCUGUAGAGGUAACGUAAGGAGAGGUCAGGUAUUGUUUGAUAUGAAAAAUUACGUGUAAAAAAAGGGCCUCGUAAGAUAAGUAUGUAUUAAAGUGUUUCAUUAGGUAGAAUAUAUGUUGAAAGGAGAUAUUAAAAUGACAGUUUUUCACA